CCAUAUAUCAGAUCAUUAUUAUUCAUUCAUUGGUCCAUUCGUGUUUGGUUUCUGAGUUUGUGAUGUUUCUUUCUUGUCUUUUUAUUUAUGUGACGUUGAAUAUUUUAUAUUUUACAUGAUUUCUAUUAAUUUGAUUAGUGCAAAGUUUUAUUUAAGUGAAAUAUGUAUUAAUAAACUGGUGUUAACUUAAUGUAGGUGUUCAUUUGUGAGUUUUGUUCAUUAUUUCAACACAAUGAAGGUGGACAUAGUUUCGAGUAGGUGCGCUACAUUAAACUUUACAGGCUGGCUACUGUGGGUGUGUGUGUGCGCGUGGUGGUGGGCGGGCGGGCACGCAGCAGACCCGCUUGGGCCCUCGGACCGGCCCGAGGCCUACUUCAACGGCAGCUCGUACAUACACCUCACACGGCCUAUAUCGCUGAAGCAGCUCGUCGGGCUCAGCUUCCGGACAUGUGUCGGUGGGGAGCUGUUCUCGCAGCGUUUCGAGCGGUACACGCUGCACGUGACGGCGCUGUACGAGCAGGUGGUGGUGUCGUGGGCGCUGCCGACGCAGUCCACGCGCCAGGAGGGCAUGGCCAAGGAGACGCUCGAUAACCGCUGGCACUGGGUCGCGCUGCGCUACCGCCCCAACCCGCCCGCGUUACUGCUCGAGGUGGACCACGACUACAUGGUGAUAUCGAACGUGACGUGGAACCCGGAGCUACUGUCGCCGGGCGCGCUGGAGGCGGGCGGCGCCGAGGUGCUGGUGGGCAACGUGUUCAGCGGCUGCAUCCACGAGGGGCCGCAGCUCGAGUUCCACGCCGCCAACGCACAGUUCAGCAACGUCGUCUUCGGACACUGCCCGCUCUCCACUGACGAAUGUAAAGACGGAAAAGACGUGCUGAGGAUACCGCCAAAGGAUCAUUGCUACAAUGAACCGUGCAUGCGACACGGAACAUGCAUUUCCAGACACGACAGGUACGAGUGCCACUGCACGGCGCGGUACACGGGCAACAACUGCGAGGUGGACGCGGGCCCGCCGUGCCGGCAGGCGGGCGGCGCGGCGUGCCUGCACGGCGGCCGCUGCGUGGAGGACGCGCGCGGCGACUACGCGUGCGUGUGCCCGCCGCGCUACCGCGGCCGCCGCUGCGAGCGCGAGCUGUCGCUGCACCCGCUGUGCGUCGCCGGCCCCUGCCGCAACAACGGCACCUGCAGCGUGCCCCACUCCGCCGACACAUACGUCUGCGACUGUCCGCCCGGGUUCACGGGCACCAACUGCGAGCAGGACGUGGACGAGUGCGCGGCGGCGGGCGCGGCCGCGUGCCUCAACGGCGGCCGCUGCGUCGACGGCAUCAACAACUACACGUGCGACUGCUCCGGCACCGGUUACACGGGUUCGCGGUGCGAGACGAACGUGAACGAGUGCGAGGAGGAGCGUGCGGUGUGCGGACACGGCGUGUGCUACGACACGUACGGCGGCUUCGUGUGCGCCUGCCUGCCCGGCUACACCGGCGAGCGCUGCCACCAGAUGUCGGCGUGCGCGUCGGGCCCGUGCGGCGCGGGCGGCGCGUGCGUGGAGGAGAGCGGCGGCAGCGGCUUCCGCUGCGUGUGCGCACGCGGCUGGGCGCCGCCGCUCUGCAACACGCCGCUGCCGCCGUCGCCCGCCGCCGCCGCCGCCCCCGUCGCCCCCGUCGCCGCCGACAACUCCCCCGCGCCGCCACCGCCCGCCUGCGCCGAGAUCACGUGUCCGCCGCAUUCGCAUUGCGCUUACCACAAUACGCAUCUAGACACGUCUACUGCGGCAGCGGGAGGCACGGCGGCGACGGGGCAGGUGACGUGCGUUUGCGACCCCGGCUACUACGGCGCGGCGGGCGCGGCGGCGCUGUGCGCGGAGGCGGGCGGCGCGUGCGCGGCCGGCGUGUGCCUGCACGGCGCCGCGUGCGCGCAGGCCGCCGACGGCUUCAACUGCACCUGCACGCCCGCCUACCGCGGCGUGUACUGCGAGCAGGCGGCGGCGGCGGCGGCGGCGACGGCGGCGACGGCGGCGGCGGCGGCGGCGGCGGCCGGCAAGGCGCUGUCCGACCUGCGCGCGCCGCCCGAGCGCUGCGCCACCGCGCCCUGCCUGCACGCGCGCGCCUGCCACGACCGGCCGACGGGAUUCCAGUGCGAGUGCGAGCCGGGCUGGGGCGGCGCGCGGUGCUCGGUGGCGGCCGACGACGCCGACGACGACUGCGCGCCGCGCUGCCUGCACGGCGUGUGCCGCGCCGCCGCCUGCCACUGCCGCGCCGGCUACGGCGGCGCCGCCUGCGACCUGCCGCUCGACUGCCGCGCCGCCGGCUGCCCGCUGCACCAGGAGUGUGUGGAGCAGAGCGGCGGCGGCGGGUGGCGGUGCGCGGAGGGCGCGGAGGGCGCGGCGGAGGCCGGCGGCGCCGCGCCGGCGGCCGGCUCCGCGCUGCCGGACGGCGCGCCGUGCGCCGCCGCGCCCUGCCUCAACGGCACGUGCCUGCCGCUCGACGACGGCCUCUUUCGCUGCCAGUGCCAGCCCGGCUACACAGGUCGUCUAUGCGACCACGAUGUAGACGAGUGCACGCGAACGCCUAAAAUUUGCAAAAAUGGCGUGUGUGUCAACAGCGUUGGGUCGUACCAGUGUUACUGCAGACCUGGUUACACUGGCGAUAACUGUGACCAGGAUAUUGACGAGUGCCUGUCGUCACCCUGUAAGAAUGGAGGGACGUGCCAGAACUUGGAGAACAAUUAUGAAUGCACAUGUGUAGAAGGCUAUGAAGGCAAGGACUGCUCGACCAACAUCGACGAGUGCGCGACGUCGCCGUGCGCGGCGGGCGCGACGUGCGUGGACGGCGUGGCCGGCUACUCGUGCGUGUGCCCCGACGGGCUCACCGGCGCCAACUGCGAGCUCGACAUCGACGACUGCGAGUCGUCGCCGUGCCUGCACGGCGGGCGCUGCGUGGACGCGCUGAACGGCUACCGGUGCGAGUGCGCGGGCACGGGCUUCGCGGGCGACGACUGCGGCACCAACAUCGACGAGUGCGCGCCGCAGCCCUGCCUGCACGGCGCCACCUGCCACGACGACCUCAACGACUACCGCUGCGUCUGCCACCCGGGCUACACCGGCAAGAACUGCGAGGUGGACAUAAACGAGUGCGAGAGCUCCCCGUGCAACUACGGCGGCGUGUGCGUGGAGCGCAGCAACGCGAGCCUGUACCGCGCGGCGGCGGCGGCCGCGGCGGCGGCGGCCGCGGCGCCGCUGCAGCUCGGCCCGCAGCCGCACAUGCUGCUGCCCGACUCCUUCUACGCGCCCUUCCACUACCACAACGCCAGCGGGUAUGAGUGCGUGUGCGUGGCGGGCACGACGGGCCCGCGCUGCGAGGUGAACGUGGACGAGUGCGCGUCGUCGCCCUGCGGCCACGGCAAGUGCAUCGACGGCGUCGGCGGCUACGUGUGCGACUGCAACGCCGGCUACGAGGGCGACCACUGCGACAUCGAGAUCGACGAGUGCCAGAGGUACCGGCCGUGCGUGCACGGGCGCUGCUACGACGGGCGCGCCACGUACUCGUGCUACUGCGCGGCGGGCUACGGCGGCCGCAACUGCUCGGUGGCGCUGCGCGGCUGCGACGCGCGGCCGUGCCGCAACAACGGCACCUGCCUGCCCUGGCUGCGCCACGAGACCGAGCACCGCUUCAACUGCUCCUGCGCGCCCGGACACUACGGACACGUCUGCGAGAAGAUAACGACCAUGUCGCUGGAGAAGAGCAGCUACGCUGAAGUGAACACGUCGCGCGAGGAGGGCUACGACCUGUCGUUCAGGUUCAAGACCACGCUCGGCAACGGGCUGCUGGCGAUGGGCCGCGGCCUCACCUACUUCUUCCUCGAGCUGAGCAACGGCCGCCUCAACCUGCACUCCAGCCUGCUCAACAAGUGGGAGGGCGUUUUCAUCGGCUCCAACCUCAAUGACAGCAACUGGCAGAAGGUGUUCGUGACGAUCAACUCUUCGCACCUGGUACUGGCGGCGAACGAGGAGCAGACCAUCUACCCGAUCAGCCAGAAUGAGGCGUUCAACGCCACCGUCACGUCGUUCCCGAGCACGCGGCUCGGCACCGCCGGCUCCUCCUACGCCACGCUGCGACACGGGCCUAACUUCUUCGUCGGCUGCUUCCAGGACGUCGUCGUCAACGGACAGUGGGUGUUACCCGAGGACUCGAACGCGACGAGCGCGGAGAGCGCGACCACCGAGUCGGCGGCGGCGGAGCAGGAGCAGCAGGAGGAGGGCGAGGCGGAGGCUGCGGCGGAUGGCGCGGGGGAGGGCGCGGCGGUGGCGGAGGGCGCGGGGGAGGCGGAGGGCGACGGGCGGCGCGCGCGCGCCGAGCUGCGCGGCGUGCUGGCCUCGUGCCCGCGCACGCCGCAGUGCGCGCCCAACCCCUGCCACUCGGGCGGCUCCUGCGAGGACGCCUGGACCAGCUUCGUCUGCACCUGCCCGCGGCCCUACCUCGGCCACACCUGCCAGUACAACUACACGGCGGCGACUUUCGGGCAGGAGGCGGCCAAGCCGCGCGCCGUGGCCACCGUGCGCGUGACGGACGCCGCGCGCCGCGCCGUGCACGCCGCGCUCGACAUCUCCAUGUUCGUGCGCACCAGGAAGCCCACCGGCCAGAUCUUCUACCUCGGCUCGCUGCCCAGGGCCCAUCCAUCGGAUGAAACGCAAGUGAGCGCGUCUUUGUUCGGCGGCGAGCUGCUAGUACACCUGCGCUUCAACCAGACCUCGGAGAACUACACUGUCGGCGGCACGCGCCUCGACAACGGACAUCUGCACCUUAUACAGGUGGUGCGCAACUCUACGUUGGUGCAAGUGAAGCUUAACGGCACCGAGUACUUCCGCAAAUCGAUAUCGGCCGCGAAACAACUGGAUGCGCAGGUGCUGUACCUGGGCGGGCCGCCGCCGCCGCCGUCCGCGCCGCCCACCGGUGCCGCGCCGCCGGCUGCCGCGUCCGCGCCCGCCACCACGCCGGCGCCCCUCGAACACGACGACGCUGACUACUUCAAGGGCGUCAUACAGGACGUGCAGGUGUCGAACGGCGUGAACGUGACCAUAGUGGAGUUCUUCCCGCUGCAAGUGCCGGGGCUGGAGCUGCCACCGCCAUUCGGGGAAGUGACCCUGGACCCAGAGGGCGUGCUGCCCGGCGUGGUGUCGGACGACGCCUGCGCCUCCCACCCUUGCCUGCACAAUGCCACCUGCACACUCACCUGGAAUGACUACACGUGCACGUGUCUGCGUGGCUACAAGGGUAAGCAGUGCGCGCAAGUGGAAUUUUGUCAGCUGCAGGACUGUCCGUCCAACUCGCACUGCAGGAACCUCGACGCCGGGUACGAGUGCGUGUCGAACGCGACGUUCGACGGCGUGAACACGACGCUGUCGUACCGGCUGCGCGUGCCGCGCGGCCUGCCGCUCGCCGGCGACGCGCUGCAGCCGCCGGACUCGCUCACCCUCACCUACAGGAGCAAGACUGGCGGCACGCUGUUCCGCGCGGUGCUGCCGCCCGGCGGCGGCGGUGGUGGCGGCGGCGAGCAGUCCGUGUUCAGCGUGGGCGCGUACAAGGAGCAGGUGACGGUGGAGUGGCGGCUGGCGGGCCGCGAGCCGGCGCUGCAGCGCAUGCGCGCGCGCGACCACCUGCACUGGACCACGCUGCGCUUCACACUGCACGCCGACCGCGCCGAGAUACACGGCGUAUUCGUGGAGGCGGACGGGCACGAGGAGGCCGGGUUCGUGGCGGCCAUCGACGUGGCGGCGUGGCAGCAGCUCGUCACAGACGGCGACAUACACCUGGGCGGCGUGCGCCGCGACUACCUCCCGCCCGCCACCACCGCCAUCACGCUUCAGCCUGAGAACUCUACGGACUUGGCCGUGUUGGAGUACACAGAGGGCGCCCAGUAUGCUGCGGACAACUUGGACGGCGGAUACUUUAAGGGUUGCAUGGGCGCGGUACACGUGGGGUCGCUGCUGUUACCAUUCUUUACGGAGGAGGAGCUGUUCGUGGGUUCGGCGGCCGGCCUACUCGCCGCGCAACCACACUACGCACUAUUGUCUGGGCGCGGAUGGGGCGCGGCGGAGGGCGUGGGCUGCGUGCUGUGCCUGGAGCAGGACUGCGAGCGCGGCGGACACUGCGCCGACGUGCGCAGCUCGUACGCCUGCGCCUGCCCGCCCGGCUACGUGGGCGACCACUGCGAGACCGACGUAGACGAGUGCCAGGAGAACAAGUGUCAGAACGGCGCCACGUGCCAGGACGGCGUCGCCAUGUACACGUGCAUCUGCCCGGUGGGCUUCGAAGGGGAGCUGUGCGAGGUGGACCGGGACGAGUGCGCGUCGUCGCCGUGCGCGAACGGCGGCACGUGCUCGGACGCGGCGGGCGGGUUCUCGUGCCGCUGCCCGGCCGAGUGGCGCGGCGCGCGCUGCGACGAGCCGCGCCGCCGCCGCUGCGCGCACCGGCCCUGCGCACGCGGCGCGCGCGCCUGCCGCGACCAGCCGCCCGAUCCGCCGACGGGCAACAACUACACGUGCGAGUGCCUGGAGGGCUUCGAGGGCGUACACUGCGAGAGCGCGUUCUGCGAGGUGGAGCCGUGCGUGCACGGCGUGUGCGUCGCCGAGCCGCCGGAGCCGCGCUGCGAGUGCGAGGCGGGCUACACGGGCCGGCGCUGCGAGGCGGAGCGCGACGAGUGCGCGGAGGCCGGCGCCGCCGCCUGCCUGCACGGCGGCCGCUGCCUCGACCAGCGCGCCGGCUUCCGCUGCGACUGCACGCGCACAGGGUGGACGGGCGCGCGGUGCGAGGUGGACGUGGACGAGUGCGCGAGCGGCGCCGUGAGCUGCGGGCCCGGCGACUGCCUCAACCUCGACGGCUCCUACACGUGCCAGUGCACGGCCGGGUUCUGCGGGAACGAGUGUGCGCUGAGGGACCCGUGCCUGGAGCCGGCGGCGGCCGCUGGUGGUGGCGAGACUGGUGAGGCUGGUGAGGGUGGCGACGGCGGCAACAGCACGGGCCCGUGCCUGCACGGCGGCCGCUGCGAGCAGCGCUGCACCGCCACCACCGACUACGUGUGCCACUGCACCGCCGGCUGGACCGGCAAGAACUGCUCCUACCAGGGCGCGUGGGCGGGCGCGGAGGGCGAGGCGGCGGGCGGCGGCGGCGGCGGCGGCGGGCGGGGGUGGGGCGCGGCGGCGGCGGGCGCGGGCGGCGCGCUGGCGGCGCUACUGGUGGUGGGCGGCGCGCUGGCGGCGCUGGGCGCGCAGGCGCGGCGCAAGCGCGCCACGCGCGGCACGUACUCGCCCUCGGGCCAGGAGUACUGCAACCCGCGCGCCGAGAUGAUCACGCACGCGCUCAAGCCGCCGCCGGAGGAGCGCCUCAUAUAAUUUCACAAGACUCGGCAUCAUCAAGGGCACGGAUACAUUGAAUCAGAUAAGGAGACUCGUCGCAUAUCAACCAAAUGUGUAUGUGUUGUGUGGGUGUGUGUGUGUGUGCGCGUGGAUGGACGCGUGUGUGCAUACGCUUGUUAUUGUUCAAAUGUUUGUUGCGCGUGUGCGUAUAACGGUGUACCUGCGUUUUAUAUAGCGACGUGUGUUUGUAUGCGUGUGUGUGUGUGUGUAUGUGUGUGUGUGUGUAUGUGUGUGUGUGUGCAUAAUUUAAUAAUUAGUUUUAAGGUUCACAAUAGAGACGUUUUCGUUAUAAGUAAAUAUUGUGAAACUGUACGCAUGUAUCACAGCGGGCGCUCACUCUACUGACACGAUGACGUGAAGCGAGAAACAAAUAUAUAUAUUAGUAACAAUUUUAUAUUAGAUAAAAUAUAGUAUGUACUUAGAGAUUGAUGUAAUAUGACUAACAAACAUGACACGUGCAUGAUUAUUUAUUAUUAUUAUACGGAGACAGAGGAACGUUGUGCCUGAAACUGCAAUUUUUAAACUUUGUACUUACAAUUUAUUAGAUUAUGAGGAAAUUUUUAAAACCUUAAAUAUUUGUGUGUGAAAGGAUUUUGAGCGUGGUACUAGCAGAGACCAGAGGGCCUACAAUGAAAUAUUUUCCGAAAUUUCGGGCACGAACGAAACAGAAAUUUGAUGUUAAAAUUACAUAAUACAUGUCGUUUAAAAUGAUUAAAAAUGAUAAAAUAUCGUUCCUCUGGACUAUUAGGAUACGAUUUAUGAUGUACGAAAUGUUAAGCUCCAUUUACUGGCUCGAUUUAGGUACGAACAAAAACACGAAAUUGAGCCCGAAAAUUCGGAUUUUCGUUUCAUGGUAGACCGCCAGGGUACAGUAUUACAAGCAGCGUGACAGCCGACCGGCUGAACGAAACGGUACUUCGUCAUUCAUACAGAUUGUAACAUUCAGAAGUACGAGCAUACUUUUUAAUUGUAGAUUGUAUUAAAUAUAUGAAUUUACAUAUAUUGCAACUGAAGGGCAUACACUUCGAGGCGGGUUCGACUUGUGACGUGACAACAACGCUGCAACUUUAAAAAAAUGGCAAAAGCAUGCUUUUGUAAACGAAAAAAUUAUCUUAGAGUUCAAUCUAUGGUAUCUAAUGAUAAAUGUAAUGUACAUUUUACUAAAAAGUGUCCAGCCACACACACACGCGUGUAUUUUUUUUAUAUACAAAUGUUAUAUGUUGUGGCGGUUGUUAGCUGUGAUAGUGGUCGGCCCGCCACCGCCUCGUAUUCUUAGCGUAUGUAAGUGUAAGUGGAACUAAAAAGCGUGCAACAUUCUAAAUUACAUUGUAGUGAAGGCGGCUAUCGCCCGUCAGUCCCGCAGCGGCCCCGCACUCGCGCCCCCCCCCCACACCCCACCCCCCUCCCCGCCACCACCACUCGCGUAUUGUAAAUAUAUAUAUUAAAAAUUAUAUUUACAUAGGCGAGGCUCUAACGAUCAUAUUGUGUUUACUCUAAAAGAUUACAGUAGAAAAUUCAUUAUAAAUACAAACAAUUACAAGAAAUGUUCAUAGUGAGAAAACACUGGCCCGUCGCUAAAAGAUUUAUAUAAUCGGGUCUUUUUUUUUAUACAACAUAGAAUGGCAAACAAGCUGUCGGCCCAACUGAUGGAAAGUGGUAACCGUCGCCUAUAGACAUGAGCAGUACCAUGGACAUAACAGAGUAUACUGUUUCGCCCAUGAUACCCCCCAUGCGUUGCCGUUCCAUUCUAUUGAACACUGGUCGCACCUAUAGACACUCCGUUUGCGUUUUAUGUAAUUCUUCUCUGUAUAUUCGCAAAGAUAGUACUGUGUCUGUGAGUCAGUUUAUUUGAGACCACAAUCUUGCUUUUUUUUUUCUUUAAGACCGUUAAAUUUUAACAUAAGAAUGUGAAACUGGCACUAAACGCGGAGCUAGUUGUGGUAUUUUCAUGUUAAAAAAUAAGUAAUUUAUAUCUACAUCUACACUAAUAUUAUAAAUAGGAGAGAUUUGUAUUUUUGUAUGUAUGUUUGUAAUGAAUAAACUCAAAAACUACUGAUUUCGAAAAUUCUUUCACCGUUAGAAAGCUACAUUCACCCUGAGUAACAUAGACUAUAUUGAUUGCUAGCAAAAGAUUAGGGAUCUUUACUAAAACUUUAGUAACGUAACUCAAGGUGUAAAGAUAAUGCUAUAAAAUAUCUUUCGUCGCGUGCGCUGCGGAAACUAUUGGUGAUAGAACAAAAGUACGUUCUACAAUAUUGAAGAAAAUAUCGAUAACUACAAAAAACUUCGCGACACUAUAUGUCCAACUAUUAUCGUUAUGUCACAAUAACCACUUUUUAAAAUGUUGUAAAAAUGUCCACCCGUGCGAAGCCGGGACGGAACGCUAGUAAUAUAUAAAUGAAACGAUUAUAGUAAUUUGUACUGUGCAGUAGAUCAUUUGGUCCGUUUACUUUCCCAGUUUGAUAUAAUUACAAUAGUGAAAUGUUAAAUAUAAUAGUAGCGGUGUGGCGGUAGAGUAGCGGCGGGGUGCGGGGCGCGGGGUGAGGGGUGCGGGGCGCGGGCGCGGCGGAGCGGCGAGCCGUCCGUGCCUUAACCAAAAGUCUGUAUAUUUGAGAGCUGUAUACACUUAGCAAUAAGUUAACAUUUACUAUGUAAACGUAUUAACAAUUGUAGUAUUAAGUACAGUGAGCAGAUCCACUCGCCUGGAGACUAGCGCCGCGCGGCCACCAGGGGGCGCCUACUUACUGCGCAACCUGUAGUAUUAUUGUCCAGUACUUACACGGAACUUGUACUUACGCUUUAUACUUACGUUGCUCAACACACAUUCCAAGGCCCGCGAGGCUUGUAUUGUAUUGUUUUUAUUGAAUGAAAUCUGUAAAAUAUAAAUUGUAGACGUUUGAAGAAAGCGCGACCGUACGGUGUAAAUAUCACGCACCAUCACAACUGGACACGUGACACGCGUGCAUGGUGUAUUAUAUGGUGUAUAAAUAUACUUCUUUAUUCCUAAACUAUCAUAAACUCCUGGUAAACUUUUAACUAAAAUGCAUUGAAAAUAUCUCAAAAUCGAAGUAGUAAUUUUUUUACGAUAGUGCAAUAAAAUUUCUAAAGACUGGAAAUAUCCAUGGGCACAGAUUCAUUUUCUGCGUGUUCUGUAAUUAAGAACUUAUUGGCCUACCCUCUUUUGAAAACGUAUCAUUGUACGUAUGUUUCUUAAUUUAUUGCUCCAUACAUUUUUCAAUUUUAUUCUCACGCCAUGUUUCUUCUUCGUCUGGUCGCUCCUCGACUCGUUCGCGCUUUCUUCACAUGCUAGUGAUAAAACGUGUAAAAUAUUGUGAUAUGUAUUUUUUUUUUCAAUCAAGUUUUAUUAUUCGAUUUUUUUUUGUAUUCGUUGCUGCAAAUAAUAUAUUUCGGCAGCUCAGUUUAUAUCAAAUUGUUAUUUUACAAUAAUAAAAUAAAUGUAUUGUGUACAUUCCCAUAUUUUAGUAGAUAGAAUAUUAUAUUAAGACAUUACAUAAUGAACUAUGAUCAAAUUUAUAUAAUAAUUGUACAUAGCCUUAUGUCGUAUUCAACUGCAUUCGGAAACUCACUGCAAGCAAUGUUACCGUCCACAGUAAUUCUUGUUCUACAUGUGAUUAGUUCGUGUGUUAUUGCACGCCAGCCUAUUGGCCUAUUGACUCAAUAAAGGGACUUUCUAUUGCUAA